AUGGAAGCGGUGGUCUUCAGGCGCGUACUCCUUCUGGCCAGUAUGUCGAUGUACCUCCAGUUGCCGGGGGCCAUUGUGAUCAAUGCUGGUGAUUUGCUUCAAAUUUUGUCAAACGAUGUCAGUAAGUCAACAUUUCACCGUGUCGUUUCGCCUCCUGAUGCUCCUGCCACCGACGAUGGCAAUUUCUCCGCGCGCUAUUCGAUUGCUCUAUGUUACCAAAUGAAGUGA